GUGUGUGAUUUGAAAUGUGAAACCGUGUAUUUCCACUUUGAAGCUUCGGCACAAUUACUGUUUGUUUCACUUUUUUUUAUAUCUCGAGCGAUCGAUCCUUGUUGUUAUAAAUACAUGCACCCUCUCCACCUCAACCAUUCAACAAACCAAGUCAUAUUUUUUUCGAGGAAAACAAAAUAGCCGAUAGUACCACCAACUAAGUAAUAUCAUGGGCUCAGUUGUUAUCCCUAUCCCAGAUGGAGAUCAGGGAUUUACUCAUGAUCUCAAACAGGAAAAGAAAUUCCGAGUUUCUCUAAGUCCUGUUAUUUCUUAUGUCCAGAAAAAUAGGGAUACCAUAAGAAAAGCUAUUCACGCCAUCAAAGUUGGAAUUGCUCUGGUUUUGGUUUCUCUUGUCUACUUCCUUGACACUCUCUAUGAUGAAGUUGGAGACGAUAAUGCGAUGUGGGCUAUAAUGACUGUUGUGGUCAUCUUUGAGUUCCAUGCAGGAGCUACCCUUAGCAAGGGCUUGAGUCGUGGAAUCGGGACUGUUUUAGGAGGCGGAUUGGGAUAUUUAGCAGCCGUUUUAGGUCAGCAAGUUGGUGGUAUCGGCAACCCUUUUGUCGUUGGUGUUUCUGUCUUUAUUUUUGGUGGGGCAGCAACAUACGCUAGACUGAAUCCAAACAUUAAGAAGAGAUAUGACUAUGGGGUGAUGAUAUUCAUCCUCACAUUCAAUCUGGUUUCAGUAUCCGGUUUACGUGAAGAGAAUGUCAUUGAAAUAGCCCGCGAACGUCUCGUGAUGAUUGUUUUGGGCUUCGCCAUCUGCAUUUGCAUAAGCUUGUUUGUGUUUCCCAUGUGGGCUAGCGAUGAGCUUCAUGAUUCUAUGGUAUCCAAAUUUGAAGGCCUUGCAAGCUCCAUAGAAGGAUGCAUAGAGGAGUAUUUCAGAUUAGUCAAUGAAAAGGAAAACCAGUCAGUUCAGCCGACUGCUAGUUUCAGGGACUGCAUAUCAGUGCUAAACUCCAAGGCAAAGGAUGAAUCCUUGGUAUAUUUUGCGAAAUGGGAGCCGUGGCAUGGCAGAUUUGGGCUAUCCCAUCCUUGGGAGAAAUACCAAAACAUUGGAGAGGUUCUUAGAGAAUUGGCUGCGAUCAUUCUUUCACUUAAGGGUUCUCUUAAUUCUCCCGAAGAGCCAUUGCAAGCUUUGAGAGAGUCAAUAAAAGAACCUUGUGAAGCAGCCGGGUCAUCACUUGCUUGGACUCUGAGAGAGCUUGGAGAGAGCAUCAUGAAAAUGAGAAGGUGCCAGCCAAGGGCUUUCAUAGUACCUAAGUUAAAAUUAGUGAGACAAGAGCUUAGUCAGGUCAUGUGUCCUUUCAAAUUAGGGAAACUUGAUAAUGCUGAGGGAUUUGCAGUAGCAAGCUUUGUGUUCACACUAAUGGGGGUGGUAGAGAAGCUGGAAGAUUUAUCCAAGGAGGUAGAAGAGCUUGGAGAACUUGCUGGUUUCCUUCAAGACUAAAGUUCUAAAUUAUGCACAACUAUUCGCCAAUUUUUUGGCUUGGCUGAUAAACUAUUCAGAGAAAGGCACGCACUGAUCACUGCUUGGCAAUGUCAGCAGAGCGCAUAUAUCUUGUUUUAACAUGUAAAUUUACUGAUAAAUAUUAUGGAAAUAUUAUUAACAGCUA